AUGACGGAUGGCGUUCUCUUACGAGAGUCCUUGGUCCAGCCCGAUCUCGACAAAUAUUCUUGCAUUAUAAUGGACGAGGCUCACGAAAGAGCUUUGAAUACAGAUGUUUUGAUGGGCUUGAUCAAGAAAGUUCUUGCAAGAAGAAGAGACCUUAAGCUUAUCGUGACAUCUGCUACCAUGAACUCUGACCGAUUUUCGAAAUUCUACGGAGGAGCUCCAGAGUUUAUAAUUCCUGGACGUACUUUUCCUGUUGAUAUACAAUAUUCUCGUUCUCCGUGCGAAGACUACGUUGAUAGUGCUGUCAAACAAGUGUUGGCCAUCCACGUUUCCCAGGGAUCGGGUGAUAUCCUAGUUUUCAUGACGGGGCAGGAAGAUAUUGAGGCUACUUGCGAAUUGAUACACGAGAGGUUGGCUCUUCUAAAUGAUCCGCCGAAAAUUAGUGUAUUGCCCAUAUACAGCCAAAUGCCGGCUGAUUUACAAGCCAAAAUUUUCGACAAGGCUCCUCCAGGAGUCAGGAAAGUCAUCGUUGCUACCAAUAUUGCUGAGACCAGUUUGACAGUCGAUGGCAUUAUGUAUGUGGUAGAUGCAGGGUUUUCAAAGUUAAAGGUGUACAAUCCGCGAAUGGGCAUGGACACACUCCAAAUCACCCCGAUUUCGCAGGCCAAUGCUUCCCAGCGAGCUGGCCGAGCUGGCCGAACUGGGCCUGGGAAAGCAUAUCAUUUGUAUACUGAGCUUGCAUUCAAAAAUGAGUUUUAUAUUCAAACAAUCCCGGAAAUUCAACGGACAAACCUUGCCAACACGGUACUCCUGCUCAAAUCACUAGGAAUCAAAGACCUGCUGGAUUUUGAUUUCAUGGACCCUCCCCCUCAAGAUACAAUCACAACCUCACUAUUUGACCUUUGGGCUCUCGGGGCAAUUGAUAAUUUGGGGGAUUUAACUGCCAUCGGCCGCCGAAUGAGCGCAUUCCCAAUGGAUCCGUCACUUGCGAAACUCCUAAUUACUUCAUCAGAGCUGUAUGACUGCAGCGAAGAAAUGCUCACAAUCGUAUCUAUGCUCUCUGUACCCAGCGUGUUUUACCGUCCAAAAGAGCGACAAGAGGAGUCCGAUGCCGCUAGAGAAAAAUUCUUCGUGCCAGAGUCAGACCAUCUUACUCUUCUCCAUGUCUACACACAAUGGAAAGCAAACGGUUAUUCAGAUGGGUGGUGUGUGCGCCACUUCCUCCAUCCCAAGGCCCUCCGACGAGCCAAGGAGAUCCGUGAACAGCUACAUGAUAUAAUGAAAAUGCAGAAAAUGCAAUUGACAAGCUGUGGUACGGAUUGGGAUAUUAUUCGAAAAUGCAUUUGUUCCGGCUACUACCAUCAAGCUGGCAGGGUCAAGGGUAUUGGCGAGUAUAUUAAUUUACGGACGAGUGUAACUGUGCAGCUACAUCCCACCAGCUCUUUAUACGGUCUUGGUUUCCUACCUGACUAUGUGGUGUAUCAUGAAUUGAUAUUAACCAGCAAAGAGUACAUGUCUACUGUUACUGCAGUUGAUCCCCAUUGGCUUGCCGAUCUUGGUGGUGUUUUCUAUUCAAUUAAAGAAAAAGGCUACUCUGCGCGCGAACGCCGCGUUACAGAACGUGAGUUCAAUAGGAAAAUGGAAAUAGAAACGCAAAUAGCUGCAGAUCGUCAGAAAGCCGCGGAACUUGCUGCCCGUGAAGCUGAGAAAGAGUCAGCUAAAAAGAGACAGGAAAUACAGACUGCAGUGAGAAGACCGACCGCUACUCCGGGGAUAAGGAGGGCCACUGGUGGUUUGGUCACAAGUGGUAGUGUGGUCAAGAGGCCGCAAUCCAAAAGAGUGGGAAGGGGAUUUUGA